UUUUCCGGGUGUCUUUGUGACACAAUACAAACAGCCAAAGUGGAUAACGUAAAGAUUGAAGAUUUGGUGGACUCCGAUCCCGAUAUCGAGUUUAUUGAAAAGGACAGCGGCAUGUCUUCGUUAGGCGGUAGCAAAGAUGAAACUCCCGAAAGAAAGACUGUGGCCACUACCAAUGAACCCACAGUAACAGAGGAAAAUUAUGAUGAUGAACCCGAUGAGACAUUGGGCGAACGCAUUAUGGGCCUGGCCGAAAUGUUCCCACAACCAUUGCGAGACUUUACUGGUGGCCUUGUUAACUUCACAACCAGCAGCAUCAAGGGCCUGUACAAGUUUUCAUGUAACGCAUCAUGGAUAUUCUUUACCAGUUCCGUGAUACUUUUUGCUCCAGUCAUAUUCGAAACAGAACGUGCCCAAAUGGAAGAAAUGCAAAAGACACAACAGAAACAGGUCCUACUGGGACCCGGAUCUGCGAUGUCAGCUGUUGGAGAAACGCCAGCAUUGCCAUUAAUACGAUAAAUUAUUUUUUUUUAUUAAAUAAUAAUAAUAAAGAAAUUAUGUUAAGACAAGUUUUCAAAAUGUAAUAGCAAUGAGAAUAUAAUACUACUUCACAACAGAACAAAAACAAAAUCACAACCAAAAAACCAACAACAACAACAAACAUCUUAAAAAAAACAAGUGUGCUAUAUUUGUAGUAAAGAGACCCGACAUCAUGUUCCCCGGGACUGGGAGAUGUGGGUGUUUGUUUCUCUUUUGGAGAAUUUUUAAACAAUGUUUAAAAUUUGCAUUAAAUUUCUUUGCCAUUUUUCGGUAGAAUUUCGUAAUGGCAGCAUUUGUUUUUAUAUUUAAUAAAUACUAUAAAAUAAAAAAAAAUAUCUAUAAAGAAAUAAACAAAUUUAAUAAAUAUUAUAGUCGUUUAUAGAACACAAACCUAUAAACUGAGUUUGUUAAUAAUAAAUACAAAAUUAAAAACCAAA